ACCUGAAAGAAUCUGCAAACUAUCAAACACGUGUUCAGCGUUUGCUUGUAGUUCUUUAAGAUAGUUAAAGUUCUUGAAUCAAAUUAUUUUUGAAUCUUCACAAUGGCUCGUAACAUUAAAGGUAAAAAAGCGUUAAAGAAACGUCCAAUCGCUUAUAUGACACGUGGUGAAGCUUUACAAAAGUUGCAAUUAUCAUUAAAAGAUUUCCGUCGUUUAUGCAUACUGAAAGGAGUAUAUCCAGUCGAAGCAAAAAAGAAAAAAUCCGGGAAUACUUCGCAAGCUAAAACCUAUUAUCUUCGAAAAGAUAUCUUAUAUCUAAGCCAUGAACCAAUCAUAUGGAGAUUUUGGGAUUUCAAAAUAUUCAUGAAACGUAUGGCCAAAGCAAAAGGUCGCCGAGACAAUGAAUGGGUACAACGAAUACGUGAAAAUAAACCAUUUUAUAAAUUGGAUCAUAUUGUAAAAGAACGUUAUCCAACAUUGAUUGAUGCUCUUCGUGAUAUGGACGAUGCUUUAUCAAUGUGUUUCUUGUAUGCGAUGUUCGGCAAAUCUAAAUCCCUACCACUUGAAUUGAUUGAAUUAAGUCGCCGUUUAACACUGGAAUUCAUGUAUUACGUGAUGGAAACGAAAUCUUUGCGAAAAUGUUUCAUCUCAAUCAAAGGCUAUUAUUACGAGGCGAAUAUUAUGGGUCAAACUAUUCGUUGGGUUGUCCCACAUCAAUUCGUAAUGAAUCGAGUUCCGGACGUGGAUUUUCAAGUGAUGAAAACUUUCACAGAAUUUUACGUAACACUUUUAGGUUUUAUAAUCUAUAAACUUUAUGUUUCAAAUUCAUUCAUAUAUCCACCAAAAUUUUUUGAAACUAAAAAAAUCAAAGAAAAGAAAUAUGAAGAUGAAGUGGAUGAUGAAGAUGAAAAUGAGAAUGAAUAUGAUUCGGAUGACACUAUUGCAGCAUUGAAUCUUCCUUUAAUCAAUCAAGAUAAUCAAAUCCUUGAUGAACAAGCAAAAAUUGAUAAUUUUGAAACAGAAUUAGGUAAUGAUGAUGAAGAGAUCAAAUUCGGUUCAUCAGUGAUGACAUUUCAUCAGCUUCAAAAACUACAGAAUUUAUUUGCCGGAUUAAAAUUCUUCAUAAAUCGUGAGGUACCACGUGAAGCACUCUGUUUUGUCAUACGAUCAUUCUCUGGACAAGUUUCUUGGGAUCGAAAUCUAUUCUCUGGUGCUACAUUCGAUGAAAAUGAUGAACAAAUUACGCAUCAAAUUGUUGAUCGUGAAAUUCCUAAACGUUUCGUUAAUCGAUAUUAUAUUCAACCACAAUGGGUUUUUGAUUCGAUUAAUUCUCGAAAGUUAUUACCGGUUCAAAAUUAUUUUAUCGGUACUAAACUUCCACCACAUUUAAGUCCAUUUGUUGAGGAAAAAUCUGGUGAUUAUAUUCCACCCGAAAAAGAAAUGUUUGAAAAUUCUAAACGUAUCAACGUUGAAGAAGAUGAAAAUGAUCAUAUGUCCAAUGAUGAUGACGAUGAUAAUGUUGAUGAUGAACAAUCAAACCAAAUUGAUGAUGAUGAAAACAAAAAACAGGAACCUGAAAUGAUGGUGAAAAAAAGUAAACCAAUUGAAAUAGAUCGAUUUAAACAAACAAAACAGAAACAAGAUGAAGAAAAACGUUUACGUGUAAUGAUGAUGCCAAAGAAACGUAAGAAAUUAUAUGAUUUAAUCAUAAAAAACCAGAAAAAACAAAAUCGUGAAAAUGACCGAUUGCAACGAAAACGACAAAAUUAUGAUGAACGUCAACGACGACAAUCAUCAUUUAAUAAAAAAAUGAAACAUGAUUGAAUGUUUUUAUUUUUUUCGUAUUUUAUUUUUA